GGAAAGUAGCCUGGCCCGGAGCCAGGGCCGCUUGAGGUCCUCAAGACAUACUUAAGUAAUCAAAAUUCCUGGUGUAGUUUCUUUGAUAUUGGCAGUAUUAAAAAAUUAGCAGCAUCCUCAUCUACUUUCCGGCUUUGCCGGCCACCGGCUAGAAGUUGUUUUACCUCUAGAAGAUGAAUGGAUUCCUGGAGCAGGUGACACACACCUUGCAAGGACUGCAAGAACCGCAGGGGCAGCAGUCCUCCUCGCCGCGUGGCGCACAAGAACCUGCGCAACUUCUCUCCAACGCCACGACCCAGGACCUGAAAGUUUGUGAACAGUUUGCUCGCGAGCAGAAUGACCGCAUCCUCGCCGUCUGGCGGGUGUCGAUAGAAUUACAAGACAACCUCCGGCGGAGUCGGUGGGGUUCGUUGGGGCUAUUACUGCUUUUUUUACUGGUCUUCGUCGCCGGCGUCGUGGCGGUGGAAGUUUUGGUACUGUCGAGGACGAGACUACAGGAGAAGGGGAACGAGGACAGUGUCGCGAGUACUAGGGGCUCUACUUCUCGAAAUAGGACGGACGACUACACAUCAGACACGACUACGGCCGCGCCGGGCAAAGAUAAAAAUGAUGGAGCUCCUGCUGCGGCUCGAAUAACUAUUCGACAAAGUAGUUCUUUUCUCUAUCAACAAGAAGCGCAGCGGCCAGCGCAACAAGAUAAAAGUGGUCGAGAGGUGGACGAAGAUGGAGCCGAAAAUAGCUACGCGAAGAGACGACAACGUCCGGCAAAACAGCAAAAACGCGAAACCGGAAGCGGCCGCAUGUUGGAACAAGAAAGGAGACGAAAUAGAGUGGGAAAUAAUCACGCGUUGCUGCGUUCCGGACGCGGAGGAGAACAGCAUCGUCGUAACGAGAACAACAGCAAGAAUCAUGCACCUGUGGACGACAAAGAAAACAGCGAAGCUGUUGACAAAAAAGGUACUUCUUCUCGAAGCCGCUCCAAGAACUGUAUCUCCGACGUGGACCCGCUCGCUCGGUUGACUGCGCUUCUGGGCCUGUGUCUAAGUGUGACCAUCGUGUUCGCCGUCUGGGCGUGUUGCAAGGCCAAAGAGGUUGACGCACUCAUCGCGGGGCAGGUGUGGGCGUUGGGGGAGAAAAAAUUCUACAAAAUCACCAACCUCGUCCUAGCGGUCGACGAUUCGAACAGUACCAGUGGCAGUACUAGUAGCGAUGGACAUUUAUUUCAAGGAGGAGGAGCUACUUCAACUUCUCCUAAAGAACGACCCCCUCUAGAAGGAGAAGUACAACUAUCGCUGGUCGAAAGAGCGUGCUGCGACUUAUCCGCGGUGAAGGCUGUUUCUAUCUACGAUAACAACGACGCCCCCGGGUGCUGUGCGACGGAUGCACAGGGCGUGGAUUUACGUGUCUCCCGGGAUAACCCGAUCGCGGACGAUCUCACAUGGCGCCGAAGCAACUUCGGGGUGCGUUACUACAAUGAAUACGGCUUCAUGGUGAGAGACCAAGCAUCGUACGGCUGUGUGGUCUGGUGUUCAGAGGUUGAGCACGCAGCGCAGUUGAUCCGCGACGCUGUGCAUCGCCGCCACGCGAGCGAGGGCUAUACCGCGGCCGCUCGUGCAUUGGAUGGUAGAGUAGUUCACUAGUUCUAGUGCGGAGCUAGCGGCUGACUGCGAGUACUGAGCACUAGUUGAAUACGUAAGUAUCACGACGACGCGCCGAAUAAAGGAUGUGUUUGUGUACCCGCCCUGAUUCUCAUUCUUUCCUGUGGAAAGAGGUGCGACCAAUGUUCGAAAAUUUUACACAAUCACUUCAGAC